CCCACUACCACUUCCACCUCCUUCACUCUGACGCCUCGAGUCGGAAGCAACCGCUGUCUUUUCAGCCUCUACUCCCACCGUCACUCACCUCAGCACUUCACUCACUCGAGUGCGAACAACCAAUGAUGGGUUUCUUAGACAUGGAUUUCCUCGACGAUGUCAGACGGAUGAACAAACGACAGCUUUAUUAUCAAGUGUUAAACUUUGCUAUGAUUGUGUCGUCGGCCCUGAUGAUUUGGAAAGGUUUGAUGGUGGUCACUAGCAGCGAAAGCCCUAUUGUUGUCGUUCUCAGUGGCAGUAUGGAGCCAGCCUUCUACAGAGGAGACUUGCUCUUUCUCACCAAUUACCAAGAGGAACCGAUUCGUGUUGGAGACAUUGUCGUGUUCAAAGUCGAGGGCCGAGACAUUCCGAUCGUACACAGAGUCUUAAAAGUACAUGAAAAGGUAGACGGCAGCGUAAAAUUCCUAACCAAGGGAGAUAACAAUUCUGUGGAUGACAGAGGGUUAUACGCCCCUGGACAGCUCUGGUUAAAAAAGAAAGACGUUGUGGGACGAGCACGAGGGUUUGUGCCCUAUGUUGGAAUCGUAACAAUAUUAAUGAAUGAUUAUCCUAAAUUAAAAUAUGCUAUAUUGGUCUGUCUUGGACUGUUUGUACUCAUCCACAGAGAAUAAUAAUCCAUUGGACAGACAGACAGACAUAUUGUUCAGAAUUCUCCGUUCAUCAUCUCAUCAAGACCAUUCCUGAUCAUCCACCUUGUCUCUUCUCACACACUUUUUCCCCCCUCUCCCCUGUUCUUUGUUGCAUGUGCAUGCACACACAAACACACACACAGUGGAUGCUUGCACAUGCACAAAUGUGCGCACAUACGCACAAAGACGUCCUCAGCUGUGGAUUGACUCAUCCAUUACAAACUCCCUUCACAAAAGGCCCCUGUUGCAGACAAAGCCUCUGGUAACCAAUGGUAACAGCCCAGACUGUCCCUUCUACGGCCUGCCCUUCCUGCUCUGUCGCUACCCAUGUUCCAGCACUGAUGGACGCCUCAUUAUGUACAGCAGGGAACGCCGUUGUAAAUUUCUAUGAAUGUGCCACACACUUAUACACACAUAUAUUCACAAACACAAACGUGUGUGUGUGUAUAUAUGCAUACACUAACACACAUGCUUGUGUGACCACAUGGGGAUUUACAAAUCCACUUAUGGAUGGUUUGUUUUUAUGUCCAAGUUAGAAUAAAAACAAUUUAAAAUGAAACAGAAGAAUUGCUCAAUAUUUUUUCAGAAAACAUUCUUGUAUUUAUUUCAGUUGAUCCCAGGACUUAUUCUAUCAGUCUCUUUUGCCGAACCACAAUGGUGGUGUGGGUGUGUAUGCAGGAUGCAGAAAUACUCUUGGUUGGUGUUAGAGUUUGCAGAAAAUUGCUGGGAGUGAGGAACUCGUGGCUAUUUUCACAGCAUUCUUUCAGGAGAGGGACACUCUGAUAGAAAACCUGUGGUUUCACAUGAUUAUUGGUCAUCAUGCUUUGGCCGGUCAUUAAGUGUUAAUAACCCUUUCUACUAAAGGCACAAGACUUGAAAUAUUGUGGGAGGCGGCCAGUCAAUUACAUCAACCCUAGUGUUUUAUUGACCCUAAAA